AUGAUUCGGUCGUGGGCAAACCCGCGAUCGCUGCUGCUGCGUCACCGGCUAGGAAACUCUUCAGCUAAAAUGGUCACUAAAACGGCGGCCAACGAGUUGGGCGAACCGAAGGCAACGGAAAUUGCCAGAGGCCAAGUUUUCGAAGUUGCACCGCGGUACACGAAUUUAGCCUACAUUGGAGAAGGAGCCUACGGCAUGGUCGUCUCUGCUUUCGACAAUGAAACCAACGAAAAAGUAGCCAUCAAGAAGAUCUCGCUCUUCGAACAUCAGAACUAUUGCCAGAGGACGUUGCGGGAAAUCAAAAUACUGACACGGUUUAAACAUGAAAAUAUCAUAGACAUCAGGGACAUCAUUCGGGCAUCCACAAUCGAACAAAUGAAGGAUGUCUACAUCGUGCAGUGCCUGAUGGAGACUGACCUGUACAAGCUGCUGAAGACGCAGAAGCUGAGCAGCGACUACAUUUGCUAUUUCCUCUACCAGAUUCUGCGUGGCCUCAACUACAUCCACUCUGCCAACGUGCUGCAUCGAGACCUCAAACCGAGCAAUCUGCUUCUCAACACAACGUGCGACCUCAAGAUCUGUGACUUUGUUCUGCCGCGAGUGGCGGACCCCGAGCAUGACCACACCGGCUUCCUGACCGAAUACGUGGCCACCCGCUGGUACCGGGCGCCCGAGAUAAUGCUCAACUCGAAGGGCUACAGCCAGGCCAUCGACGUCUGGUCCGUCGGCUGCAUCCUGGCCGAGAUGGUCUCCAACCGGCCCCUCUUCCCGGGCAAGCACAACCUGGACCAGCUGAACCACAUCCUCGGCGUGCUCGGCUCGCCCGGCCCCGACGACCUCAACUGUAUCAUCAACGAAAAGGCGCGCUCCUACCUGCAGUCAUUGCCCCACAAGGCCAAGAUACCGUGGUCCAAGCUGUAUCCGGAUGCAGACCCCAAAGCGCUGGAUCUCUUAGACAAGAUGCUGACCUUCAACCCUCAUCGAAGAAUAAAUGUUGAGGAGGCCCUCGCACAUCCUUACCUGGAGCAGUAUUACGAUCCCGGUGAUGAGCUUGUGGCAGAUGAGCCGUUCAAGUUCGAGGCAGAGCUGGACUACCUGCCUAAGGAGCAACUGAAGGUGCUGGUCUUUGAGGAGACCAAGUUGUUCCAGGCACGCAAUGCCAGCAGGCCACCGCAGCAAGCCUCCUCCUGAGCUGAUGGUGCCACUUCUGCAAUGUAUGUCUGUCUCAGAGUUCCAGUGCCACACCCGAACGGCCUCACGUU